AUGAGAUCGGAGGUGUAGAUUGUGGAAAUGGUCUGUAUAGCUGUGUGGUUGACGCGGGAAAUUGUUGCCCUAUUUUAGUCCUCGCACAGAUUACCGUCAAAAGAUAGUUUCUAUGUUUGCCAACAGAAAACUACUUAGAAUAGCCAGAUUGCUUGAAAAUUCCAUCUGCACGCCCGCGUUUUGUUCGGUGGCCAGGCGUGAGGGCCAAGCCUCGACAUCUGCGAGUGCUUCAUACCUCAGUAGCUUAAGAGCUUGUGCAGGUACGACAAGGUCAGAAUGCAUGCCAGGCAGCACAUUAUACAGCACAGUCGAAGCAGGCAGGGCCAGGCUUCCCGCGCAGCAUGAUCUUCAGUCCAAGAGGCUCUUGUGCUCAAUUGGGAGAGCGGCUGAAGUAUGUAUCAAAGAGAGCACAGCUGCAAGUCAGAAGCUCCCAAAGGCCCUGCAUGCCUACCAGCAGCGGCGCAGUGCGUUUGGGCUCCCAAAUCUGAAUGGAGACACUUCCAAGCACUACCAGGAGAGACGCCUGAUAGGGUAUUCGCCAAAGCAGCUAUAUGAUGUUGUCGCUGCAGUGGAGCAUUAUAAGGAGUUUGUGCCGUGGUGCCAGAGGUCUGAGAUCAUUCAGGAAAGGCCUCCUGACUUUGUGGAAGCCGAGCUCGAAGUCGGCUUCAAACUUUUCGUGGAGAGGUACACUUCACAAGUACACUUGCACAGACCGGGCAAGGUGGUGUCGCAUGUGUAUGACAGCACAUUGUUUGAUCACCUGGACUCAACCUGGGAGUUUAAGCCGGGGCCCACACCUGGCUCGACAUGGCUAUUCUUCAGUGUGGAUUUUGCCUUCAAGUCCCCGCUGUACAGGCACAUUGCCAGCGUAUUCUUUGAUGAGGUUGUGAAGCAUAUGAUGGGCGCUUUUGAGGGCCGCUGCAAGCAUUUAUAUGGAUCCUCCGCUUUUGCAAAGCGCGCUCCUGCAGCUCAGAAGAUGCAGACAGCAUGA